AUGAGAGCUACAGUAUGCAGUUUGUUUGUCUUGGGCCUGCUGUGGGACAGUGUGAGAGCACAGGACACUAUCAGCAGCCUGCGAGCAGCAGCUGUGGCGUGGGAGGGGGAACUGCCAUGCGAAAAGUGGGACUGUGAGUGUGCAUUCAAGCACCAGCGAGGAUGCUGCUGUGCCAACUCUGAGCUCCAAGAGGCAGAGGAUCAGAUCUUUGUGAGGAUGAUGGACAUAUCGAUGAGAAUGUCCCAGCUGGGUGAAAGUGUCCUUGAAGUCAUAGGAGGGCUACAGGUUGCCUUCACAGCCUCCAUGAGCCCCAGAACAAACUGCUUUGGACCUUUCAUCAGAAACACUCCCAUUCGUUAUGAUGUCAUCACCCUUAACCAAGGAAGUGGAUAUAACCCCGCUCUGGGUACAUUCACAGCACCUUGUUCUGGACUGUACUCCUUCUCUUUCUCGGUCUACUGCAAGGUGGGCGUGGCAGGCAAGAGGAUGAACUACAAGGUGCAACUCAUGAGAAACGGGAAGGUGGUGGCCUCCAUGUGGGAGGACAACAAAGAGGACUCAGAAGACAGCAGCUCCCAGACAGUACUGCUGUCACUGCAGCAAGGAGGCCAGGUGUAUGUAGAGCUACUGAGUGGCAAGCAGCUGUGUGGGAACGUCGAGGGCCUAAACACCUUCUCUGGCACCUUGAUUUACCCAUCUGAUGCCUAAUAUUGAGUAAUUUCA